AUGGAUAUAUCAAAGGUAUUUCAGUGUCGAAAUAUUUCUACUACAUGCGAGCAUAUAUCCAAGUAUUGUGAACUAUACAUAAACUCUUCCCUGAAUCCGUCAUCACAUAAUGUCAGAUCAUUUCACACAUUCUUUCCGACAUUACUUGUAUAUAUUUUUGGUUCUCCAAAUGUCAGAGGUUGGGCGCAAAUAGAGACACUAGAUCAUGAAGACGAAGCAAUUAAAAAAUUGCUAUCUGUAAAAGGUCACUUCUUCCAAGCAUUAAUCAAAUUAAGCCAGUUUCCUGAGUAUUCGUACGAUCUUGUUACAGACGCUCUGCCGGCCGAUGUUAAAAGACUAUUAUCCACAGGAGCAAUACAUAUUCUACCGAACGUCUAUAAAAACUGUACUUAUCUGAGCACAUCAGCAAUCAAUAAGUCGGUCGAUAUAAAGGCAGCAGCCACGAGACAGUCGACACUGCUGGCUCCAUUUGGAGGCGAACGAAGAAUUAAAUUCAAUAUGAUUCAGUUUUACCUUUACUAUUUUGCUAGCGUAGCAACUUGGUCUCCACAGCCAGUUAUAAAUACGAAUCCUACAAAUAUACCUAAUACAUCAAAUCAGCCUAACCAAUCAGUAUCAACAUCUGCCUUAUACAGUAGAUUUUCGAACAAUUCGCCUUCAGUGAACAAUACCCCCAAUCCCACCAGAGCCGUCAGCUACGGUGUAUACAGUCCUGUACUUGAAGAAUACAUGUCAGAACUUAUACCCAUAGGUAUUCGUGAAGAUUUUCCACCGAUCAUUCAAUCCUUCUUUUUUGAUGUAUUGAUGGAACUCUUCAUACGUGUAACGUACGUGCCUGUACCUUAUCAAGCUCUUUCAUCAGAUCUCCUUUUUUUCAUCACAGCUUUCGUGAAAUUCAUUGUUCGACAUGAUCUAAGACAGUAUGAUGACGAUUACUUGUCCGUAAUAGAUUUAUGGGCUGUGUGGGCAGCACCUUGGAAGUUUGGUGUGACACCACGAAGUUCAGAAAAGUACGAUUAUAUGCCUAUUCAGCAUGGUUGGGCUGCUUUUAUAUUGGACAAUCUUCCGUUCUACCUGCACCAUACAGAUAUUUUCCUACAGCGUGCGAGCACAUUCAUCUAUAAUGGUACCAUAAGAGGCCAACUUCGUAUACUGUAUCGAAUUAUAAACGUUAUAAAGGCAAAUGGUCUCUUGGAAUUUUUGGGAUAUAUUGAAAAAGCAAUUGAAAGGUUACAAAUGGGUUCGUCAGCAAUUGAUAGUGGUGGCAAUAGCAGUACAAAUUAUUUUAAACAGCUAUCUAUGAUAGCGUAUGGAACAGAGAACAUGGAUUCAAUUGUUUGUCAGAAAUUGAAAGCAGCCUACGACUUUUCAAUUCAAGUAGAGAAUUCCAACUGGAAACCAAAAGGGCUCUUUACAAAUGAUAUUCAACCACGAUCUGAAGCUUUAUUGAAGACAGUAGGGUCCGUU